AUGGGCUCCAAUGGCUUUCAUCGAUUCUCUCAUGGCCAUCAGGAUUUGCUACUCGCCGUGAGCUACAACUUCUAUGGCACGCGCAUGGCGACCGCUUCGGCGGAUCACAAAGUCAAGGUCUGGGACCGCAACGACAAGACUGGCCAGUGGAUCGUGAUUGACGUGUGGACGGCUCAUGAUGCAGAGGUCACGGACGUCGCUUGGAAUGGGCCGUUUGUGGGAGAGCACCUAGCUACGGUUGGAGAGGAUGGGUUUCUGAGGGUGUGGCAAGAAGAUGUGAAUGAAGGCCACAACUCCGGGCGUAGGUUCAGAAAGAUCUUUGAGCAAAGGACCGCCACUGGAGUUCCUUAUGUGUGCCUCGAUUUGAAGAACAUUGGCACCGAGACUUAUCUCGCGGCCAUUACCCGUGAUGGCUAUUUGACCGUGUACGAACCAGAAGACCAUGAUGAUCUCUCGGCGUGGCGCAUCUUGUGGGCUGAUUAUCUUGUCAAGACACCUUCCCGAACGGAGGAGACGGCGUUCAGGCUCAGCUGGCACAAGGAGAAGAUUCCCGCCUGGCCGGCGGUUAUUGCUGGUCUUGAUCGGAAAAGUCUCAGCCUCGCCGUUGCUGUCGGCACCUCGGUGAAGGUCUUUCGAACAGACAAGGAUCGCAAAUUCUACACAGCCGCCACGCUCGAAGGAGCAAAGGAGCUCGUGCGGGACGUCGACUGGGCGAAUGGGAGCAUGCGGGGAUUUGACGCAAUUGCUACUGCCAGCAAAGAUGGAUAUGUGCGUAUCUACGAGCUUCAUACCGCGCCACACCCGCCAUCACACCGCGACUCAACCUCCGAUGAUGUUUCAUCUUCGGCUCCGUCUCCGAUGGCAAAGCCGCAAAGAUCCGGCAUAGGAGCUGGAUUAGCAGGUGGACUGCGUGGGAGCCGUGACGAGAAUGCCGGCGCACCGGGAGCUGUAAAGCAGGAAACUAAGCUUGUUGCGGAGUUGGAUGCACAAAGCCAGACGCCAUGGCGUGUGGCUUGGGCGCCCAUGGCUGACAUGCUCCUCUCCACCGGUGACGACGGCACUUCGCGGAUAUGGAAGAAGUCGGUCGAUGGGAAAUGGCUGCAAGCUGCGGAGAUUGACGCCAUAGGUGGCGCGCCUUGA